AUGGAUGAUGAUAUUGAAGAUACUGAUUCAUAUAUUUUUGAGCUUAUACGAAAUAUUGAGAAGGAAAUUGAAAAUGAAGUUAGAGAUAUUACUGACAAUGAUAGUGAUGAAGUUGAAAACGAAUUUGCCAAUAAACUGAAGAGGAAACUGCUGACGAAGCUGAAGAAGAAACUGCGAAUAUUAAAACCAAAAAAAAAAUUAAUAAAGCAAUACCUUCAUAUUGCAAAAAUUGAAACAAAAACAUCACAGUUACCAUGGUAUUCAAAAAUUGAACCCUUGGCAUUGCAUAUUUAG